CCAAGACAUCUGCUGGGACGUCUGAGAAGCCAGAUACUGAAUGAGAAGAUGUUUCAAACUGGGCGCCUUGUUGUCUUCUGUGGGCUGCUGGCCCAGACCAUGGUCCUGCUGGAAGCCCUGACCUUGCCCCCGGACCAGACACUGCCCUUGCCUAUGACUCCAUCCCUGGCCUUGAGUCCCACAGAUCUUGCUGGAAGCUUGACAAGUGCUCUCAGCGAUGGCCUGCUCUCCGAGGAUCUAUUGGACAUUCUCGAAAACCUUCCGCUCUCGGACAUCCUGAAGACUGGAGGGAACUCUCCCAGUCGCCUGCGGGGGGGCCUGCUUGGGAAAGUGCCCUUACUGACUCCUCUCCUGAACAACAUCGUUGAUUUGAAGACCACUGAUCCCCAGCUGCUGGAACCUGUCCUCCUGAAGAGCCCUGAUGGCCAUUGUCUCUAUGUCACCAUCCCUCUGGCCAUGGUCCUCCAUGUGAAAAUGCCCUUGGUUGGAAGUCCAUUGAAGCUGGCUGUGAAGCUAAACAUCACUUCAGAACUCUUAGCUGUGAAAGAUGAACAGGAGAAGUUCCACCUCGUCCAUUGCAACUGCACUUUCUCCCCUGGCAGCCUGCAAAUCUCCCUGCUUGAUGGAUUGGGCGCCCUCCCCAGUGAAAGCCUUAUUGACAACAUCACUGGGAUCUUGAAUAAUGUCCUUCCUGGGCUGGUGCAGGGCAAGGUGUGCCCUCUGGUCAGUGAGGCUCUCGAUCACUUGGACGCCACUCUAGUACAUUCCACUGUCAACGCACUGAUGUACGGGCUGGAAUCAAAGUCUCAGCCUUCCAGGAAGGGACCUGGCCUGUGCUGA